AACUCAAUAAUACUCCUUCAAGUAGUUCUAGGCCCCUCCCCCAUCCAUGAGCAAGAAUGGGAAUGAAUUCCUGGCUCAGGUUCCGCCCCUGUGCAACCCCAGCUGCAAUAGCUGCCUGGAGUCUGUGAGGGGGCUUUGCUUUGCUGCCGCAGGGUGAAGCCUGUGACCACGGGGUAAGCUGUUCUAACUAGCAACUCACUUUGCUUUCAGCUACUGAAAUUACGCACAUUGGUCUCGCACCAACAGAAAAGGCUGGGAAUGAUGGCAGUCACUGGGUAAAAACGGGACGGUAGCAAAGUACAAAGCGUCUUCCUCAGUUCGACGUUUUCCUAACCCAGUCAUCUUCUUGAAAAACAAAAAAACAAACGAAAGAAAACAAAAAGCAGGGUCUCCCAGCAACUCAAGUUGAUGUGUCCACUGCUUGGAAAUCCGCAUUGCCUCUCACAUAAAGACAGAAAGGAACGGUACUUGAGCAGAACCGCAGGCGAAAGGUACGCGAUACCAGUUAAGCAACAUCUGAAGCCCAGGACAGAGAAGACAAGAGCCCCACGUCUUCAUCAGGAGCACAAUUUAGUUUUUGCUCAUCUGGGACUUGCAAAACACAACAAAAAAAAAUACACUUAUGUAUGCUUUGCCACGAAGUGAGCAUCUUGAUGAUAAUUUCAAGAUGUAGUAGUAGUCAAGUUUGAUAGAAGUACGGUUUGAGAAAAGGCAAUGUUGGAACAAAAACAAGGACUUGAGCCUGACGGUGCACCGGCGGGGUGGGGGUGCAGGGAGCCGCGGGAAGAGCUGGGAGAGCACAGAGCCCGGAGGAGCGGUACCUGGCCCAGGCGGGUGUGCGCAGCGAUCCUGGGAAGCUCAUGAGGAACCGCGGGCCACUGCAGGGCCCCCGGGCGGCGAGGCUCCCGAGCGGGGAAACCGCCGAAGGGGUCUGUCCUCGGGAGCUGCGAAGCCAGGGGGCGGUGCUGAUCGGGGCAGCGGCGUCUCUUCGCCUGCCCGCCUCACGCCCCGUUUCCUUCGGACCCUCUUCAGCCAGCCCCAGCCAGGAGGACAAAUCUCACGAGGCGGACCCUGCUGCCGCGAGGUUCGGUCGAGGCCCCGGAAGCAAGUUUCGCCCGUCUCGCCGGCGCCCCGCGCGAUGCCUCCACAGCAGACUCCACCUGCCUGCGUCUGUGCCGGUCCGAUCUCGCCGUCCGCGCCGGGGAUGCGGGCCUGCGCCGAAUGCCGGGACGGAGCGGUGCCCGCGCUCGCAGGGACCCGGGGGGCGGCAGCGUGGGCGCAGCCGGGCCACACUCCUCGCCGCGCCGCCAGCCCCUGCCCUCCCUAGCCAGGACCUCCGCUCGCCCGUGGGCUUCCACGUCGGUGCGCUCGGCCCGGCCACCCCUGCCCGCUUCCCCGGGCGCCAGCUGCCAGGCGACCGGCCAAUCCGCGUGUGCAGUUCAAGAUUCCCGCCGCUCCACUGGCUCUUCCCCCUUCCCCUCUGUUUUCCCAUUUUUUUUUCUUUUAAACUUUCACCCCGGUUAAGCUGUUUUGAUCCCAAAUCCUCAACUCGGACAUCUCUCCGGCGGGAUUCAGCGCGGCCUCGGAACACCCGCCGUCGCCGUCCCCGGUGCGCGCUCGCCCCCUCGCCCGCCGGGGACGCACCGGGGCGGGGCGGGGCGGGGCCCGAGGGCUCCGGGCGGCGGCGGCGGCGGAGGGGCGGAGCAGCCUCCCGCACCGGGGGGAGCCCUGGGGCUCGCCCCUGCCCAGCCGUUCGGACCGUGGCGGCCGCUGCCCGGCGGGUGCGCGCAGCAGCGGCCAGCGGGCCAUGGAGACCGGGAGACGCUCGGCGGGAGGAGGCGGGGUGGGGGAGGCGGGGAGAGCGCGGGCGUGGAGGCUGGCAGGGGGCGCUGGAGGCUGGAGCGGUCCGUGCGCUCCCCGCGCCCGAGGGUGCAGGCGGCUCUGAAGCGGCGGCUGCUCCGCCGAGCCGGCGCGGCGGCUGGGGGCGCGCGGGGCGGGGGGGGGGGGGGCUGCCGCCGCCGCCGCCGCCGCCGGGGGCGUCGCCGGGCUCGGCCCCUUUGUUCUCGCGCGCUCCCCCUCGCCGCCCACUCCCCUGCUGUCGCGCGGCGGCGGCGGCGGCGGCGGCUCCUCCCGCCCGAGGCAGUCGGGCUGGGCGCCGGGGGCGGGAGGGGGCGGGGGGAGCGCGCCAGCCGCCGAGAGUGGGGGGCGAUGGCGAAGCUCCGGGUGGCUUACGAGUACACGGAAGCCGAGGACAAGAGCAUCCGGCUCGGCUUGUUUCUCAUCAUCUCGGGCGUCGUGUCGCUCUUCAUCUUCGGCUUCUGCUGGCUCAGUCCCGCGCUGCAGGAUCUGCAAGCCACGGCGGCCAACUGCACGGUGCUGUCGGUGCAGCAGAUCGGCGAGGUGUUCGAGUGCACGUUCACCUGUGGCGCCGACUGCAGGGGCACCUCGCAGUACCCCUGCGUCCAGGUCUACGUGAACAACUCCGAGUCCAACUCCAGGGCGCUGCUGCACAGCGACGAGCACCAGCUCCUGACCAACCCCAAGACCAGACGACGUGCUCCUGCACCGCACGCACGAUGAGAUCGUCCUCCUGCACUGCUUCCUCUGGCCCCUGGUGACAUUUGUGGUGGGUGUUCUCAUUGUGGUCUUGACCAUCUGUGCCAAGAGCCUGGCCGUCAAGGCAGAAGCCAUGAAGAAGCGCAAGUUCUCGUAACGGGGAGCAGGCCCGCGGGGAACAAAGCACAGAAGCUGCACUUGCUGGCACACGCCCACCUGCAGAGCCCGUGUUUCCUGGUGCAGGCGACGGAGGGGGCCGCGACAGGUCUCCGAGAGGCUCCUCCCUCCGUGGCAGCAGAAGCAGGCACAGUGGAAGCCUUGGAACCUCAUCGCUUGUAUUCUGUGUGUCUCGCCAUGGCUGAAGGGUCAAGUUCUGAGCUGUAUGGAGUAACUGUUUCAGAAAACCCAAUAAGAAGUUCAUUUCUUUGGAAAGUAACAGUAUAUUCUUUGUAUAGUGUAGUAUACAAACUAUUAUGAUUUAUGCUACUUAAAAUAUUAAAAUAGAGUGGUCUGUGUUC